UUUCCCAUCAAACUGGACGUGUUUGUUACGUUUAGUUCGUAUACAAGACCUUUUAAGGGCAAAAACUUUUUGGUGUUGUGUUUUUUUAUCUAUGCAAUUUUGUUUUUUUCGGAUGCCAUGGAGUGUAAUUUAAAAUAAGUCCUCUUUGAUCUUCGCCCUGAACACUCAAAUGUGUGAUGAUGAUUUUGAAGUUAUUACUACAAGUAGCAUUAUUUUUAGUUAUUAAAGAUAGCAAGGCACAGAGAAACGAUGGGGACUCCUGUGUAGACACCUACACAGGGACAUUGGGUGUGUGUAGACCGGCAGAAGCGUGUAAGCAAGCGAAGAACGACUAUGAAUUCAGUGGUAUCAGACCUACCUUCUGCGAGUACAACGCAUUCGGCCAGAACCUGGUAUGCUGCAGAGAUGGGAAGACCAUCCUCCAGACUGCUAAGCCACGGACUGUUGACCCUCCCCCCGUGUGGACUGAAGCAAAUGACAAUAGAAGAGUGAGUGAGAAAAAAUGUGACGCCUACAGCCGCAGCGUGCUAUCGCGGGUAGACGCAUCCCCUCUCUCAGUAGACAAUGACGGUCUAACGUUCGUUGCCUCGAAGUGCCACUACACUAGCGUGGAGCUGAUCAUAGGGGGGGAGGAUGCUACUAGAGGGGAGUUCCCGCAUAUGGCAGCCAUAGGCUGGGCCAACUUCGACGGCGGCUACGACUUCAACUGUGGCGGCAGUUUGCUCAGUCGUCGCUUCGUGCUGACUGCGGGCCACUGCAGCAAGGACCCGCGGGCCCGGGACCCCGCGCCGGCGGUGGUCCGCCUCGGAGACCAGAACAUCGACUCCAGGGUCAACGACGGAGCCGACCCCAUAGACGUCCCAAUCCGCCACAUCCACACGCACCCAGACUACAAGUCGCCAGUGAAAUACAACGACAUAGCUCUUAUAGAGUUGGCUACGGACGUCGUUUUCGAGGACGCGAUCCGCCCAGCCUGUCUGUGGACCAAGGACGGCUUCAGGGAUUAUGAGAAGGCAAUCGCUACUGGAUGGGGGGUGAAGGACGUUGUAACCAAGGAGACCUCCAAGGAGCUGCAGAAGGUGUCGCUCUCUCUGCUCCAGAACGAGCAGUGUGACCCGCUCCUCAACCACAACCGCAACUGGAAGGGAUUCGUACCGCAGCAGAUGUGCGCGGGGGAGCUUCGAGGGGGGAAGGAUACGUGUCAGGGUGACUCCGGCUCUCCCAUCCAAGCAGCUUCAAAGCAGAACCCUUGCAUCUUCUACAUCCUGGGAGUGACGUCAUUCGGGAAGCAGUGCGGGAAGACAGGCCAGCCGGCCAUAUACACGCGCGUGUCUAGCUACGUAGACUGGAUUGAGAGCAUCGUGUGGCCUGGAGAAUGAUCCGUUGGAAAGGCUAAAGCCUGGUCCGUGAGCACGUAGAAUCCCGUCCAAUGACC